AUGAACUCCAUUCGCUCUAUCCAGAAGCUCAACAAGCGUGAACUCGAGGAAGGCAUCACGCCUGAAGGUUCAUGGCAUACCGAUUACCGCGACACCGCUUUCAUCAACAUCGGUGGCCUACCUUUCGAGCUCUCCGAGGGCGACAUCAUCACCAUAUUUUCUCAGUAUGGAGAGCCCGUAUGGCUGAAAUUAGCGCGCGACAAGGAGACGGGGAAGUCGCGAGGGUUUGCAUGGCUAAAAUAUGAAGAUCAACGAAGUUGCGACCUGGCCGUCGACAAUCUGGGCGGCGCAACCGUCAUGGACCGGGUGCUAAGGGUAGACCACGCCCGCUACAAGCCCAAAGAUGAUGAAGAUAUGCGGGACAAUACCAUGGGAGAGCUAGAGGUGGAUCCCGGCUUUGACGAGGAUGGUGGAAGGCGUAAACGGCGGCGCACCAACGAAAGCGAGAGCGAGUCCGACGAUGAUGACAGGCCCCUGCUUCCAGAGGAAGUAGAGCUGGAGAAGGCAAUCAAUAAUUUGGAUGAGGAGGACCCCAUGAAGGAGUCCCUGGUCAAGCGAUUGCAGGAGAAGGCUGAUUCAGCGGUCAAGAAAUACAGGAAGGGCAAGCGGAAGGAGAAGGAGCGGUCACGAAGACACGAGAGACGCCACAGGAGAGACCGAUCCAAGGAUCGCGAUAGAAAGGAGAUCAAGGACAAGGCAAUGGAUACAAGCAGGGAGCCUAGACGGAGUAGGCACGGCGACGAUGCAGACGAUAGAGAUCACCACAGGAGUUCGCAAAGACAUCCAGAGGACAGAAGUCGUGAGCGCCACCGCGAUCGAGACCGACACCGACACAAUGGCGACCGCAGGGAUCGCAGCCGGGACAGGCGCCGCCAUAGCUCUGAAAGAGAGGUGGACGACAAAAAACCACCCACCAGACGCUCGCCUGAUCCUGCAUCGAGGGGUGACAGUCGCCGCCGCCAUCGUCGCAGUUAUUCUAGUGAAGAGAGCGACUAG